CGCCGAGAGUGCCGGGCUGCCGUGAAAGCCCCAGGGAAGAAUCGGGCAGGCCCGGCUCCAGCUCGUCACUACAGCCAAGGUCAGCGCAGCCCGGGCUCCGCGCCCUUGACCCCGGGGUGUACCUCGCGAGGAGGCGGGCAUGGGUCAGCGGACGGAGCCUGGGCCGCGGGAGCACGUCGUCUAACCUGGUUCAGGCGACGCUGACAGUAAGGACUCUUUCCAGGCCCCGCCGCUGAGCGUAAGGAGCGGUCGCUUCCGGUCGGAGGCUCACAGGUCCCCAGAAUGCUUCCCACUCAGGCUGAAAGUGUUAUAAAGAGUAUCAUUCGAGAAAUAGGACAAGAAUGUGCAGCCCAUGGAGAGAUUGUUCCUGAAACUCUAGUUGCUUUUAUGGUGAAAGCUGUUGUUCUGGACCCGAGUAAUGGCUUUAACACGGAUAGAACGCUCACAAAAAGUGAUGUGCAGAAACUGGUAAAGCUUUGUGUGAAUCGGCUAUUGGACAGCAAAAAUCCUUCCCUGGACACCAUUAAGAUGCAAGUCUACUUUGAUAUGAAUUAUACAAGUCGAGAGGAAUUUCUUGAAGAACAUCACCGGGUCAUCGAGUCUAGGUUAAGUUCUGUCAGCAGAGAGAUUACAGACAGUCGAGCGUGUGCCCGAGAGGAGCUGGAAAGCCUCUACCGCAAGAUCGUCAGCUACGUGUUACUGCGCUCUGGGCUGGGGUCCCCGACAGACAUCAAGAUUGUCAGAGAGGCAACAGCUGCCCUACAGAGUGUAUUUCCUCAAACUGAGCUUGGGACGUUUCUAACCCUUUCUAAGAAGGACAAAGAAUGCCAGCUGAAAGAACUCACCAUGAUUGUGACUGGAAUCCGUUUAUUUAACCGAGACUGUGGAAAGGGAGGAGAAGGCAUCGAUGACUUGCCAGCUAUUCUACAGGAAGCAAUCCCAGCCACCACGCAGCAUGUUGAUUCCCAGCUUGAGGCAGUUCAGGACCAGGCAUACCGCUACACAGCCAUUCUGGAGAAGGCAGCAAAGAGCCCCCUCGUGGGUCAAGAGCUUCAGCCCUACAUGCUAAGAGAAGCCCUAUAUAACGUGAGGCAAUGCGAGAUCUUCCUUCAGGUCAUUUUGUCAGAUAUAAUCACCUGUGCUCAAGAAGUGGAAAUGAUGAUAAAGCAGUUAGAAGCGCAGCUGGAACAAUUAAAACUGACUGUAAAGUCAAAGACGGCCGUCCCAACAUCACAAGUCUUUCCCGUCUUCAUUGCGCUUUCCAACCUGUGGACUAGUUUUCAGGAUGAAACUGUCUUGAUUAGCGUCCUCAGUAACUUAACUACUCAUCUUGAGCCGUUCCUGGGGGCUCAUGACCUGUUCUUUCCUGAGAAAGUGAUGCAGGCUCUUCUUGAUGGAGUGACUGUGAAAACUGACGUGUGUAGAAUGAAAGAGCACAUAGAAGAUAGAGUAAAUGUGGCAGAUUUCAAAAAACUGGAGUGGCUUUUCCCAGAAACAACAGCCAAUUUUGAUAAAUUAUUGAUUCAGUAUCGGGGAUUUUGUGCUUACACUUUUGCUACAACAGAUGGUCUUCUCCUUCCAGGAAAUCCAUCAAUUGGAAUUUUGAAAUAUAAAGAUAAGUAUUAUACUUUCAAUACCAGAGAUGCUGCGUAUUCAUUUGCAGAAAACCCUGAAAAUUACAUUGAUAUAAUUAGAGAAAAAGCCAAAAAAAAUGCAGAAUUGAUUCAGCUACUGGAACUUCAUCAACAGUUUGAAACCCUUAUUCAGUAUUCUCAGAUGAAAGAGGUUGACAGACGUUAUAUAAAACCAAUUACAAAAUGUGAAACUGGCACGCAGACAGAUACGCACUUGUUGCCACCAACAAUUGUGAGAUCAUAUGAGUGGAAUGAAUGGGAAUUAAGAAGAAAAGCUAUAAAAUUGGCCAAUUUGCGUCGGAAAGUCACGCACUCGGUGCAGACUGAUCACAGUCACAUGAGGAGAGAAAACUGUUCUCAGGUCUACCCUUGGAAGACCGUGGGCACACAGUCCCUGCGGGCCGGCAGCAGCCGCGUGCCCCGGCCCCAGGUCUACGUGGCUGGGCUCCGCGGGGGCCAGACCAAGGCCACCCAUGGAGUCAAGGUGAACCUAACUAGAGCGGUUGAUGAGACCUAGUUAGAGCCCGAGGUUUUGAUGUAGAUACCACUAACUUAUGAACAGUGGCAAAUAUUUUAGAGUACGUUUGCAUCUGUGAAAAUUCACUGAUUUUGGCGGGGGGCUGGUACAUUCAUUGGUGGUAUGAAUGUUUUUGGAUUCUCAUUAUAUGCACUGUCAAAACUCCUACAAAAAAGGGAACGUUGUUUUCUGUAAUACAUUUUUCAUUCUAUUAAAAUG